AUGCCAGAGCGCGGCCCGGCGCCGCGGCGGCGCUGCGGGAGGAGGAUGGCGGGGCUGGCGUGGAAGUGGCCGCGCACCCGCCUGCCCGUGGGGGCCAGCGCCCUGGGCGUCUUCGUCCUCUGCUGGCUCUACGUCUUCCCCGUCUACCGGCUGCCCGACGAGAAGGAGAUCGUGCAGGGGGUGCUGCUGCAGCAGGGCAAGGCGUGGAGGAGGAACCAGACUGCGGUCGCCCUGUUCAGGAAACUGCUGGAAGAAUGCUGUGACCCCGGGCAGCUCUUUGCUAUGACAAAACUGAACUCCCCGAUGGGAAAGAACCUCUGGUUUGAUGGGGAAUUUUUAUAUUCUGUCACUAUUGACAACGCAACUUACUCUCUCUUCCCACAGGCUACUCCCUUCCAGCUGCCACUGAAGAAAUGCUCCGUGGUGGGAAACGGUGGGAUCCUGAAAAAGAGCGGCUGUGGCAAACAAAUAGAUCAAGCAGAUUUUGUCAUGCGGUGCAACCUUCCUCCUCUAUCCAGUGAAUACAGCAAGGACGUUGGAUCGAAAACCCAGCUGGUGACUGCAAAUCCCAGUAUAAUUCAGAAAAGGUUCCAGAAUCUGCUGUGGUCUCGGAAGGCGUUUGUGGACAGCGUGAAGGUGUAUAACCACAGCUACAUCUACAUGCCAGCCUUCUCGAUGAAGACUGGGACGGGACCCUCCCUACGUGUCUAUUACACCCUGGAGGACUUCAGUGCCAAGCAGGCGGUCCUUUUUGCCAACCCCAAUUUCCUGCGUGACAUUGGCAAGUUCUGGAAGAGCAAAGGUAUCCAUGCCAAACGGCUUUCCACGGGACUUUUCCUAGUCAGCGCUGCCCUUGGUCUGUGUGAAGAAGUAACAAUUUAUGGCUUCUGGCCGUUCUCGGUGGACCUGCACGGGAAGUUUAUUAGCCAUCAUUACUAUGACAAUGUCUUGCCCGAUUCUGGAUUCCACGCCAUGCCGGAGGAAUUUCUGCAGCUCUGGUUUCUUCAUAAAAGUGGUGUACUGAGAAUGCAGCUAGAACCAUGUGACGACCCUUUAAUCCAGUCUUCUGCCUGAGGAUUGUAGGAGUCGGUUUGGGAGAUCCAAUAGUUUUUAAUUUCCGUGCUCUCCAACAGAGAGUUCUGUUUUCUGUUGAUUCUUUUUAAAGGGAAAAUAAUCGUGGGUCUGCAUGGACCAUAAAAAUGCUACUUGAAGGCCAAAUGGAAUACGUCCUUAAUAUAUAGUGCUUUAUGGAACUGGGGUGGGGGAAAGCGAAUCUCCCCAUCGAGUCCAUUCAGCAGCAUUGUGAAAAUAAUGUCAGAAGCAGCACAGCUGAACUUUCCGGGGGACGUUUUUAAAUGACCGAUGUAAAAAGGGCAUUAAGGCUCGGAGAGACACAGGGCCACCCACAAGCUUUUGCUGACAGUGCCAAAUAUGACUGUCUGUUCAAAAAUCCAUUUCAUUCCAGAUUGGCACCUCGUACAACUUUCCUUUUUCCUUUUUUUUCCUCUGUUUGGGGGUCGGUGUGUGUGUAGGAGAGCAUGUGUGUGUUGUUGACUUUCUUUGUUUCUUUCCUUUUUCUUUUUUUUUUCCUUUACUUUUUUUUUUCCCAAUGGAAGGAAAAGGAAAGGCUUAAAAGCCCCAGGAGCUGAGUACCAUCAACUCCUCUGAAGACUCUUGGGAAAGUGAAGGGUGCUAAGAAUCUGGUUAGAAGAAUGUCCUAGGAAUGCCCUGCUACUGAGUAUGGAUGGACCUACCUGUUGUAGGUUUUAUCAGGAUGGUUUAGGUCAUUGCACUUAUAGCUGUGCUAAUGCUAUACUGUGGGCAAGAGCUGGUUAAGGGAAAUUGGUCUGAAAAUAAAACGUGUGUUACAAAACCAGUAGUGAAGUGCAGCCUGGUUUCAGUUGACCUGCUGCAAGAUUUCCACAGUGACUUUUGUAGUUGGGAUGGUUCCUGACCUGUUUUGCUGUCCAGCCUUAGGGAUUAAUUCUGUAUUCAUUUGGACUCCAGAUGUUCAUUGACUGUCAAGGGAAUUUGAGGUGUUCAGUGGAAUGCAGAAUGAGGUUCUUCAUUUGCUUAUAGCAGAAAAACUGCAGAAAUGAAUGUAAGUGUCAUUUAAAAUGAGUUGAAGCUUUGAAAAUCCUUUCUCUUGGUGUGACUAGCUCUUCUGCUUGGAUUGUAACAUUAGCCUUAAAGACUUGUACUUUUCUCGCAAGAUUGUCUCUGGUUAAAGAUAGUCUGAAAAAUAAAACAGCCUUUGGGAGCACUGAAAAGCUGUGUA